CUUUCGCAGCGCACUCCAUAUAAACCAGUUUGGCCCAUCGAUACCCGCAUCUCUUUCUGCAUGUCUGUAAUAUAGCAUUGUCAUCCCCACUCAAGCCAGCAUCGCCAACAAUGCUUCCUCGGUCUUCUUUACGCAUCGCCAGAGCUCUCGAGCUCUCAGCCAGCUAUGCGCCCCGCCAGUCGUUACGCGCAAAUUGCUUGAGGACUAGACAGAUACCAGUUCAGCGAAGAUGUAUGGGCGAAUAUCCUCGCAACUACAAGAUCAAACCUGAUCCAAUGGAAGAAUGGCGAAAUCCUCCUCCCAGCAAGUGGCCGAACAGGAUCAGACUGCUCAUGUUGCCCUUUCUGGGCGCCAUAAUAUACUCCAUGUGGACAGAGUCGGACUCGCUGAAGACCGAAACGCACUCAAUCGCACAGAAAGACGCCCUACUCAAGCGCGAGAACGGCGUAUCUGAGAAAUCGCCCAUGCGUCUACGAAUGGAACAGUUUAUCAAGCAACGCCAGAAGCAGAUCGUCUCUGAGCUGGAGAAGGUCGACGGCACAAAGUUCAAGAUCGACACAUGGCAGCGACCAGAAGGAGGAGGUGGCAUCACCUGCGUUCUGCAGGAUGGCAAGGUCUUCGAGAAGGGCGGCGUGAACACUUCUGUGGUUUACGGCCGCCUCCCACGCGCCGCGAUCCAGAAAAUGCGCGUCAACCACAAGGCACUCGACAUUGACGUUGACUCUCUCGAGUUCUUCGCCGCAGGCCUAUCGAUGGUUCUGCACCCCCACAACCCCAACGCGCCGACUGUUCACCUGAAUUACCGCUAUUUCGAGACCAGCGACGAGUUUGGCAACACCAACACCUGGUGGUACGGCGGUGGCUGCGACCUGACACCCUCCUACCUCUACGACGAAGACGCGAUACACUUCCACAGCGAGAUCAAGCAGGCGUGCGACAAGCACGACAAGGCAUACUAUCCGCGCUUCAAGAAGUGGUGCGACGAGUAUUUCAACAACAAGCACCGCGGCGAGACACGUGGUGUAGGCGGCAUCUUCUUCGACGAUCUUGAUGAGACGCAGAAGGAUCAGGAGCAGCUCUUCAGCUUCGUUCAGGACUGCUUGUCUGCGUUCCUGCCUUCGUACUUGCCGAUUAUCAACAGGAGGAAAGACAUGCCGUUCACAGAGGCGCAGAAGCACUGGCAGCAGAUCAGGAGAGGACGAUACGUUGAAUUCAACUUAGUGCACGAUCGUGGUACAGCCUUCGGCUUGAACACGCCGGGUGCGAGGGUGGAGAGUAUUCUGAUGAGCUUACCGCUUACGUCGAGGUGGGAGUACAUGCAUGUACCUGAAAAGGGCAGCAGAGAAGAGCGCCUGAUAGAUGUUCUCAAGAACCCCAAGGAGUGGGUGUAGAUGAUGUGUGUAUACUUUAAUGUACAAGAAUGUAAGACCACCACCAAUACGAGAUGCUGAUCGCCGCCAGUCAUUUCACUCCGCGUUGGCACCUCAUGACCUCGAAUCCUGUCCCUUCUUGACGAAUAUGCGG